UUUUUUUGGUGUCAUUAAUUUGUAAUUGUAGGCCAUAAUCUCCAGCUAACAAUCAACACUGUUCAACUUUCAGGGUUCCAGAAAAAACCAAACUUAUUAAACUACUAAUAAGACCAAUACCCAAUCCUAGAUUUGAUUUGUCCACCUUCAAACUUCUUACCUUCCCUUCUCUGAUACUUUGAAUGAUUGUUCAACUUCAAAAAUUAAAGUCCAAUAUUCAAUUUAUAGCCCAAUUCAAGGUUUGUUUCAUAGCUCAUCUGCAGCAGUUUUGAAGUUUGAUUUUUUCUAGAAAUCUUGUCUUUUCCUUUGUUUAUUUCAUAAGGAAAUUUCCAGAAAUUUGAAUACCCAAUUGUUGUAACACCAUAUAUGUUCAGUUCCAUUGUGUAAUUGAUCAGUGUAAUUAUCGAUUGAAGAUGAGUUUCCGACAUUGAGUAAAUGUCAGUUGCCUUGGUUUCAAAAACUAGUUGAUCAGUCGAUGAAGAUGUACUUUCAACAUUGAGCAAAUGUCACUUGCAUGUUGUCUGCCUAUAAUUGAAUGUGUAUACUGUUUAGCUUGUGCUAGAUGGGUCUGGAAGCGGUGUAUAUAUGCCGCAGGCCAUGAGAGUGAGGAUUGGGGCCUUGCUACUGCUGAGGAAUUUCAGCCUGUAUCUCGGCUUUGUCGAUAUAUUUUAGCUUUAUAUGAAGAUGAUCUUCGAAAUCCCGUCUGGGCACCCCCAGGUGGAUAUAGAAUGGACCCUGAUUUGGUUGUCCUGAGAAAAGAUUAUGAUGAUACCGGGGGUCGGGUGACUCCUUACAUAGUAUAUCUUGAUCAUGAGAAUGCAGAUGUAGUGCUGGUUGUUAGGGGGCUAACUAUGGGGAGGGAGAGUGAUCGUGCCAUUCUAUUCGAUAAUAAACUAGGGAGGGCACCGUUUGACGGCGGGUAUGUUCAUAAUGGCCUUUUAAAGGCUGCUCAGUGGGUUUUUGAUGAGGAGCAUGAGGUGUUGAGGGAUUUGCUUGAGAAGAAUCCUACAUAUACGUUGACGUUUGCUGGUCAUUCAUUGGGUGCUGGAGUAGUCUCUUUGUUGGCACUUGUGGCUGUCCAAAAUCUGGAUAUGUUGGGGAACAUUGAGAGGAAGAGGAUUAGAUGUUAUGCAAUGGCUCCUCCAAGAUGCAUGUCCUUGAAUUUGGCUGUCCGGUAUGCAGAUGUUGUCAAUUCUGUCGUGCUUCAGGACGAUUUCUUACCCCGGACAACUGCUGAUUUAGACGAUGUUUUCAAAUCACUAAUCUGUUUGCCGUGCUUAUUGUGUGUUAUGUGUUUAAAAGACACAUGCAUGAUGGAGGAGAAGAUGAUAACAGAUCCAAGGAGACUGUAUGCACCAGGUCGCGUUUAUCACAUCGUGGAGAGAAAGCCCUUUAGAUUUCAAAGAUUUCCUCCAGUAGUGAGAACAGCAGUUCCUGUUGAUGGAAGAUUUGAGCACAUCAUUUUAUCCUGUAAUGCAAUUUCAGACCAUGGAAUCAUUUGGAUUGAAAGAGAAUCCCAAAUUGCUCUUGAUUUGAUGAUGGAAAAUGAUCAUGUCAUGGAGAUUCCACCGAACCAAAGGAUGGAACGACAAGAGAAACUCGCAAGAGAACAUAUACUGGAGUAUAGACAAGCCCUUGAAAGGGCUGUCGCCUUGGAUGUUCCUCACUCCUUCCCACCUUCGCCUUACGGAACCUUCAAUAAUCAUCCUGAGUCGGGGGAAGGAUCGGAUAAAUUAAGUGUAGAAGGAUCAUCGUCAUCAUCCAAGAAGAGGAGAGAGAGCUGGGGUGAUUUCAUUGGUCGACUUUUUGACAAAGAUGAGUCAGGCCAUAUGGUACUUAAAUAGUACAGUAUGUUAUACAAUGCAAAUUGCAGAAACCACAAUUGAAUAUUGCUUGGCUAUCAGUCUGUCACAUUCUUUUAUUAUUCAUAGCUCAUUACAUUGUACAUCAGAACAUUUCCUUCAAUAUUAGUAAAAGGGAUCAUUCUUUUAUCUGUUUAAAA